GACAAGUUGUGACUGCACAUUCACGAUACAAAUAUACAAAUAAGCUUGCUUUUCCUGCUCUCCAUGGUAGUUGUUUUAGGUGAGCUUUCCUUCGAUGAUCAGGCAAUAAUAUCCCAAACGAGGCCUGUUGCGUCCUGCCUUUGCCUUAAACGGUCUGCAGCGUUACCUGUGUAGCCAGGUUAGUGCAUCAGGUGAUAUCAGUGCUAACCAGGUGGAGGAGGAGCCUCUGAGAUUCAGAUUUAACUGAUGAGAUGAGAGCUGCAGCCUCAGCGAGCAGAGCAGCAACUAUCAGCACCCGUCUUCAGACUUAAACUCUACCAAGGACUAAAACAUGGCACCCUCACUGCAGCAGAGUAUGAAUGACCUCAUCAACUUGUUCUACUCCUACUCUGGAAAGGAGGGAGACAAAUACAUGAUAAACAAAGCUGAGCUGAAGCUCCUGUUACAGGAGGAACUGAGCGAUUUCCUGGCUGCCAGCAAGGAUCCCUCUGUUGUGGAUGAAUUCAUGCUUCAGCUGGAUCAAGACAGGGAUGGAAAAGUGGAUUUCAAAGAGUUUGCCUACACGGUUGUUUCACUCACUGUCGCCUGCCAUGAAUCCUUGUGAUGACAUGUUUAAGGACUGCCAGCAGUGACACCAUCCUUCAAUGAGUAACACCUCAUCACAGCCAGUGACCUCCUAAGUAAUCAUAAGUCAUGCUGGAUGUAAAUUUCUGGGUCCUCACUGACAACACCUUGUAAUGUUGUAAAGACGGAUCAUUGUUAACCAGUGUCACAAGUCUUCAUCUUAAUAAAGAUGUUCAC